AUGAACAGACAGGAAUCCAUAAACUCAUUUAAUUCAGACGAAACGUCGUCGUUAUCAGAUGUGGAAAGUCAACAGCCACAACAAUAUAUUCCCUCAGAAAAUGGAUCAAAGUCCAACAUGGCUCCCAAUCAACUGAAGUUAACUCGGACGGAAACCGUCAAAUCCUUGCAAGACAUGGGUGUGAGCUCCAAGGCCCCUAUUCCAGAUGUUAACGCUCCUCAAUCCAGUAAAAAUAAGAUUUUCCCUGAGGAGUAUACUUUAGAAACCCCUACCGGGUUGGUUCCCGUCGCCACCCUACAUUCCAUAGGAAGAACUUCGACAGCGAUCUCUCGUACAAGAACCAGACAAAUCGAUGGUGCUUCUACGCCAUCCUCCAAUGAGGAUGCUUUGGAGAGCGAUAAUAAUGAAAAGGGUAAAGAGGGCGACUCUAGUGGUGCUAAUGAUGAGGCGCCAGGCCUAGAUCCAGAAAUUGAAUUCGUCACUUUUGUCACCGAUGAUCCAGAAAACCCUCACAACUGGCCCGGAUGGAUCCGUUGGUCCUAUACUGUCCUGCUGUCCAUAUUAGUUAUCUGCGUUGCCUACGGCUCUGCUUGUAUCAGUGGUGGGUUGGGGACUGUCCAGAAGAAAUAUCAUGUCGGCUUGGAAGCCGCCAUUUUGUCAUGUUCUUUGAUGGUUCUUGGGUUCUCCUUGGGUCCCUUGAUUUGGUCUCCGGUUAGUGACUUAUACGGUAGAAGAGUUGCUUACUUUGUCUCCAUGGGUCUUUAUGUCAUUUUCAACAUUCCUUGUGCGUUAGCCCCCAAUCUAGGUUGUCUCCUAGUCUGUAGGUUUUUAUGUGGUGUUUGGUCGUCUUCAGGUCUAUGUCUAGUCGGUGGGUCCAUUGCCGAUAUGUUCCCAAGUGAAACGAGAGGUAAGGCCAUUGCUUUCUUCGCCUUCGCUCCUUACGUUGGUCCCGUCGUGGGUCCAUUGGUUAAUGGUUUCAUUUCUGUUUCUACCGGUCGUAUGGACCUGAUCUUUUGGGUCAACAUGGCCUUUGCAGGUGUUAUGUGGAUCAUCGCCUCUGCUAUUCCAGAAACGUAUGCCCCAGUUAUUUUGAAAAGAAAGGCUGCCAGAUUAAGAAAGGAGACUGGUAACCCUAAGAUUAUGACUGAACAAGAGGCCCAAGGUAUUAGUAUGGGUGAAAUGAUGAAGGCUUGUUUGUUAAGGCCUUUAUAUUUCUCCGUCACAGAACCUGUUCUGGUCGCCACUUGUUUCUACGUGUGUUUGAUUUACUCUCUAUUAUAUGCGUUCUUCUUUGCCUUCCCUGUCAUUUUUGGUGAAUUGUACGGCUACAAAGAUAACCUUGUUGGUUUAAUGUUUAUUCCAAUUGUUAUCGGCGCCCUUUGGGCCUUAGCCACCACUUUCUAUUGUGAGAACAAAUAUUUAGCAAUUGUCAAACAACGUAAGCCUACUCCUGAAGAUCGUUUGAUGGGUGCCAAAAUCGGCGCUCCAUUUGCUGCUAUUGCUCUUUGGAUCUUGGGUGCGACCGCUUAUAAACAUAUCAUCUGGGUCGGCCCAGCUUCAGCUGGUCUAGCUUUUGGUUUUGGUAUGGUGUUGAUUUAUUAUUCAUUGAAUAAUUACAUUAUCGAUUGCUACGUCCAAUAUGCAUCCAGUGCUUUGGCCACAAAGGUUUUCUUAAGAUCUGCUGGUGGUGCUGCUUUCCCAUUGUUUACCAUUCAAAUGUACCACAAGCUGAACCUACAUUGGGGUUCUUGGUUAUUGGCUUUCAUCUCUACUGCUAUGAUCGCUUUGCCUUUUGCAUUUUCAUACUGGGGUAAAGAUUUGAGACAUAAAUUGUCCAAGAAAGAUUACUCCAUAGAUAGUAUUGAAUAA